GCAAAGGAGCGUUACAUCCGCAGCUCCCUCCACCAGCGAUACAUAUAUAUUUAAGGGAGUAUCUUGUUGCCUUGUGCAUGAAGACCACAUCUCCUGUUUUCUUCGCCGCUUCCGGGGCACACAUGUGCGAGGAGCUCGUCUCCUCUUGCGGCUCCGCGGCGAACCCUUACCGCAGAUCCAUGAUGCGUCUGCUCGAGUACGUCGGGCUGCAGCACUACGGCACCCCGCAGGCGACCGUGCCGCCACGCACGACGGCCGAAGACGACGCCAUCGCGCAGCACCUGGAGGCGGUAAAGGAGGCCACGGCCCGCCAUGAGGCGAGCGUGCGACAGCGCAACAUCCGCAUUAACAAACGUAAGCCGACGAGUGCGCUUGUCGACAUCCUCGCCUCCGCCGCCACGGCCACGGCCACCACCACUGGCCAGGGGGCAUCAGAGCGCAGCGCUUCCGGCAUGAAUGCAUCGACGUCGUCGAGGCAGCCGCCGACCAUUUAUUUGAGCUUUGAGGACUCCGCCGAGUGGAAGGCCUUCUUAGCGAGCAUCACCCCAGAGGAUCGGCUCGCCGUGACAGUGCGGCGUCGGCUGACGGUAGAGCUGUGGCGGGCCCAUCGACGGGACAUCUGCCUGUGGUGCUGGUUUCCACGAAACAUGUGCGUGUGUGCGCAGCUCGACGCCUACAGGGCGGCCAUGCCAGCCCACGUCUUGGAUGCCCACGUCGAGGUGACGAUGCUGCUGCACAGUGAGGAGGUGAUGCGGAGCACCAACUCGGGCCACAUCGCCGCCUACCUCCUCGGUGCGCCGAUACGAGUGUGGGGGAUGGACGCGGACGACUUCUACCUGCGUGCGUUGGAGCCCUGCUGCGUCCGACGUAGUAGCGAAGGCGGAGACGAAGAGGCGGCAAACAGUGUCGCGUUGUCUCCUCUGGCGCAGCCGUUGUCCCGCUCUGCAGAAGGCGUCGGCUCGCCUGUGGUGGUGUACAACGUCUCGCUGUACCCGUCUGCGGAGUCCACUAGGAUGGACGAGUUUAUCCGAAGGAAGCAACUCGGGCUGACGCCGUCGGAGGUGCACGACGACAUCGAGGAAAACAAGAUGGUCGAAAGAAGCGGAGACGUUGAUGAGGCAGAGCCUUUGAAGUUCGAAGAAGACAGCGGGUGUGUGGCACCGAGCUAUGCAGCCAAUUCGGAAACAGCGUAUGAUGAUGGUCAUGGCGAUGCGACGGUGCAACGCGCAGCGCACAAGAAGAUGCAUCUCAUUCUGUUAGACAGCACUUGGGGGCAGGCCCUCUCCCUGAACCGUAAGCUGAGCAAGUUCAUCCCGCGUGUGCGGUUGGAGAUCCCGGACAGCUACGAGUCGCUCUUUCAGGCGUUACGCAAGCGCACCCGCGAGAGCGGCGUCAGCACCCUGGAGGCGACGAGCAUGGCGGUGGAGCAAUGCAUACGUGUCAUGGGCUACACUGAUGAGGCUGCCCAGACGUCGUCGACGCUGACGGCGGCAAUGAAGAACUUUGUGGACGCCCGCUGCCUGCUGAAGUACGCUGAGGCGCAGUUUACGACCGACGGCGCGGUGCUCGACGCCUUCCGCGACAAGCGGGACGAUGCCCGCCGCGACGACGCCGCACGUCGACAAGUUGUCCUCUCCGAUAAGAUGCAGCACGAUGCAGAGGCGCGACGUCUGCGGCUGCCACCUGUGCUGAACUACUGCUACUGCUGCGACUGCGUCAUUGGGUGGCACCGGAUGCCGGAGCACGUGAUAGGGCGCAACCACCGCACUGCACUGCAGCUCAAUCCAACGUGCGCGCCGUCGCCGGCCUCGCGGGUGGUGGCGGUGCCGGACUUCGCGCGUCCAACCCGUGCGGAGCGGGCGGCGGAGUGGCGGAGCAGGACGAGUGAUGAGGCGCCGACUGUGGCGCCGCUGAAACUGCGUAAGUAA